AUGUCCUACGGUGUUCGGCAGCAAUAUCAAACUAUCAUCGAAUCGCCAAGGAGUUUGGCGAAGAAGAUCGAGAGUUGUAUCGUUAGGAAUGCUUUGGACGAAGAAUGUCGCGCUCAGAAAGCGCUUAAUCUACUUGAAGCUCGUGAUCGUCGUAUAGCUUUCCUCGAAAAAAGAGUUGCUGAAUUAGAGAAAGCGGCUAUUGGCAUGCAUACAAUAAGUUUGCACGCAUCCUCGACACUAUCCAGUUUGGACGAUCCAACGAACAAGGAUGCGUUUUAUAGUAUCACUCAGAGCGAACAAUCGAUGAAACUCGAGAACGAUUAUAAGAAUCUUGAUUCGUCGAGUAUCGAACAGGAUCAUCAAAACGUCCAAUAA